AUGGCAGACGCUGGACAAAGGCGAGGAGAGCUGUGGAGAGUUGCUUUAUGCUUUUUGCUGCUGUUGUGUUUCGCUGAGCGGAUUUCUGGACAAAUCAGAUAUUCGGUGCCAGAGGAGGCAAAAAAGGGAACAGCAGUCGGAAACGUUGCUAAAGACCUGGGAUUGGACGCGAGUAGUUUGGUCCAGAGGCGAUUUCGAGUGGUUUCUGGAUCUAAAGACGCUCUGUUUCAGGUUAACCAGAACAAUGGCGUGCUGUAUGUUGAAAAGGAAAUCGACAGGGAGACACUGUGUGAUGUCAAUGAAGCCUGUGUGGUAAAUUUAAAGAUUGCAGUUGAAAAUCCUUUAGAAAUACAUCACGUUAGCGUUGAAAUAACAGAUUUAAACGACCAUGCGCCCGCAUUCGCAGAUACAGAGGUGACAUUGGCAAUUACUGAGAAUACGCUACCCGGAGCUCGAUUUCAGCUGCAAAAAGCACAUGAUCCUGACUUGGGAGUAAAUACUGUCCGGUUGUAUAAAUUAAGCCAAAAUGAACACUUUGAUUUGGAAAUAAGGGACAGAGGGGAGGAUAAACUCCCCUUUUUAGUACUACAGAAACCCCUCGACAGAGAGAAGAAAGCGCAGCACACAUUAGUUCUGACAGCUACCGAUGGGGGCAGUCCACCCAGAAAAGGUACAUUGAAUAUAACAGUUUCUGUACUUGACAUCAACGACAACCGUCCUGUCUUUAGCCAGGAUGUAUACUCAACGACACUAAACGAAAACGUUGCUGCUGGAACAACUGUGAUGAAAGUGUCUGCAACUGACCUAGAUGAGGGAACAAACAGUGAAAUUACGUAUUCCUUUGGCAGUGGAAUGACUGCAAAGAUUUUGGACACCUUUAAUUUGGGCAGCACCACUGGGGAAAUUGUAGUAAAAGGUGAAGUAGAUUUCGAGAAGAAUUCUGUUUACAAAUUGGACAUUCAGGCAUCUGACAGUGGCACACCACCUACAACUAGUGAUUGUAGAGUUAUAGUUAAAGUUCAAGACGUAAAUGACAACCAACCCGAUAUUGAGGUGAUGUCUUUGUCCAACGUGGUGUCUGAGGACAGUAAGCCAGGAACUGUCAUUUCACUCAUUAGUGUGACAGAUGAGGACUCGGGUCGAAAUGGCAAAGUGCAGUGCACUAUAUCUGAAAACGUGCCAUUUGAAUUGAAACCCUCAGUUCAAGACAACAUGUAUUCACUGGUGACAAAAGAACGUCUAGACAGAGAGGGUCAAUCCCAUUAUGACAUCACAAUAACAGCGGUCGAUUUUGGACAGCCACCUUUAUCCACAUUUAAGACUUUUAGCAUUGAUGUGUCAGAUGUUAAUGACAACAGCCCAGAAUUUCAACAAAAUCCUCUCGAACUGUAUUUAUUCGAAAAUAACGCAGCGGGUGCGUCAAUAUUCUCAGUCUCUGCAUUUGAUAAAGAUGUCAAUGAAAAUGCAGACAUCAAAUAUAACAUUAUCAGAGGAGAUGGAUCUAAGACAGACAUGUCCUCUUUCCUCAACAUCAACCCUGAUAACGGACACAUACACGCACUCAAAAGCUUCGACUACGAGACUUUAAAAAAGUUUACAUUCCAUGUGCUAGCUACUGACUCUGGCAGUCCGUCCCUUAGCACCAACGCCACAAUAAAUGUGUAUAUUCUGGACCAGAACGACAAUCUUCCCGUUAUCUUGUCCCCAGUCAGUGCUAACGGCUCUGCUGAGGGCGUGGAGGAGAUCCCACGCAAUGUGAACGGAGGACAUUUAGUGGCUAAAGUUAGGGCAUAUGACGCUGACACUGGAUACAAUGGAUGGCUACUAUUUUCUCUACAUGAAGUAACUGACCACACUUUAUUUAGCCUGGAUCGGUAUACGGGACAGAUAAGGACUAUGCGAGCAUUCACUGAAACAGACGAGGCUGAACACAAACUAGUUAUUCUAGUCAAAGACAACGGGAACGUCUCUCUGUCAGCAACGGCCACCGUGAUUGUAAAAGUUGUGGAACCAAAAGAAGCAUUUGCAGCAUCUGAUCUGACAACAAUCGUUAACGACGAGGAAGACAACGUCACUUUCUAUUUGAUCAUAACUCUGGGUUCUGUCUCGGUGCUUUUUGUAAUCAGCAUCAUCGUCUUGAUAGCUAUGCAGUGUUCAAAAUCCACAGACUACUCGUCCAAAUACUUGCAGGACACGAACUAUGAUGGAACUUUAUGCCACAGCAUCCAGUACAGAUCUGGAGACAAGAGGUACAUGCUGGUUGGACCCAGAAUGAGUAUCGGUUCCACUAUAGUUCCUGGCAGCAAUGCGAAUACUCUGGUUGUGCCUGAUCGCAGGAGUAGAACUUCUGUAGAGGUAAGGGCUGAUUUCAUUUCAUACUUAGGACCCCAAAAGCAGACGGUGUCGCUGUCGCAUAGUCUAAUGUCACUAACGCUUAACCCAGCCCCGUCCUUUACGCACGAGCAUUGUUCUCGUUCCGAGACGCAGAGGAACGAGCAGUCGGUGCGAUUCAGUCGGGGAUUCUGUGUUCGUGGAUAUGUCGAUGUCUAA